CUUCUGGCAGAAUUUAUUGGGAUGGCAAUUUUCCAGAUCUAUGGGGGGAGCGCAAAUGAUGAGGUGGCGGCAUUUGGCAACGGCCUCACUCUAGCAGUCAUCAUUUAUGCGACGGCGAACGUGUCGGGGGGGCAUGUGAAUCCGGCAGUGACACUGGCCAACUGCCUGACUGGGCACAUGUCCUGGGGCCGAGGCGGCCUCUACAUGAUCGCGCAGCUGCUUGGAGGCAUCUUCGGCGCGCUCAUUGAGUCCGGGCUGCUGCCGGACGUGGCUGUGGGCGGCGGCUCUGGCCCCGGCUGCUUCACGCACACAAAGGGCAUCCACACGACAACCGGCCAGCUCUGGUGGUGGGAGACCAUCAUGACCUUCCUCCUCGUGGUUUAUGCGACGGCGGUGACUAAGCCGGGUCAUGGCAACAUGGCACCACUCGCCAUCGGCUUCACACUCUUCGCAUCAGCCUUUGUAGGUGGUCCUUCAACCGGAGCUGCAUUGAACCCGGCGCGUGUGCUUGGCCCAGCGUUGGUCUUCCACUGCUACUGGGACACAGCAUUCGUCUACGUAUUUGCCGAGUUCUUCGGAGCGGCUAUUGCGGCUGCACUGGUUCUACCGCUGUAUGGG